AUGCAUGUUUUUAAUAUUGAUGAUUAUCAUUCAAUUCAUUCUUAUAAAAAAUCAGAUAUAACAUCAUUAACAAACGUAUAUCAUAUGGCUAUGUGUAUAGCAAAAAGGAUUAAAAAUAGUAUACCAAUUCCAGCAAUAUUUAAUGAUAUUUCAUUUUUUAAUCCUCUUAAUAUUGAUGCAAGCUUAAUUAACAAAUAUUUACUUAGAAAAUAUAAUGGAAAUUUUGAUAUAAAACUUCUUACAAUUCAUAUUUAUAAUGAUGCAAUUUUGUAA